AUGGACUUACAAAGCUUUGACAGAUCACUGGAGGAUGAUCAAAUAAUGUGCAGCUUGUUGCGUCUCAAGACAAAGGAAGAUCCUUCGACAACUGACAUCAAUAGCGUUGCGUUCUCUCUAUUCGAAAAAGGAUCGUUUGUGUCUUUUCUACAGUUCUCUACAAACGCAAGAGGCACUGAACCACUGCAGCUAAUACCUGUUGAACGGCUGCCAAUAUCUGUUUCUCAUACUUCUGCAGUAUCAAGAAGUUCAAAUUCUAUUUUAGAAUCUGUUGGCUACCAGGAUGUUUCAGAGGUUCAGGGAGUAAUUGCCAAUGAGGCACCCGCAAUGAUCUACGAUGCACUACCGAAGCAGAUGAGCAAACACGAUUUGAAAAUAUUUGAAUCAAAGUUUCUAAAAAUGGUUGGAUGCAAGAGCGAGCCUGCUGCUUGCUGUUCUGAUGAAGACUCUGAUGAAGAUCUUGAUGAAGAUUCUAAUAAAGAUUCUAAUAAUAUGUGCAGGAAUAAGACUAAGGAUUGCUGUCGGAAGAACAAUUGUGGAAAACAAGAUGACCGUCCACCAUAUGCCAGGACAAUGCCGGAGGAUCGUCGUUUCGGUUUGGUCAUUACUAACUCGAAUAGUUGCGAUGAUGUGGAUUUAGACGCAAUUAUGACCCAUUUCUCGAAACUUUUCGAACACUGUGUCAUACCAGAUCUUAGUUUUAGUAUAUGCACGUCUUUUGCAAAAUUUGGCAAGCACCUUUUAAUAGUGUGCGAAGACGAUUCUACCGCGGGUUGGGUAAUUAGUGCAUUAUCAGAAAUGUGCCCGCGGCACACCUGCGAACCAUUUAUUGAAUUCUUUGAUCUGAAAAAAUGCACAUUCGUCCUUCCAUACGUAAUACCGGACAAGCCAUUGUGCAAUAUCUUCGAGUUGAUGGAAACACAAAACACUGGCCUGGAAACGUUCAAAUGGACAGUGACUGGUCAAUGUCCUGUAGAUCCAUGCGAAGACGGGGAAAGUAUCGUCUCAGAAUUGUGCACCAAUUAUAUAGUUUUGGGCUCAAUUCGCAGCCUGUCGCAACGAGUAUAA